AUGGCUAUUGCUGCAAAUUCCCAGCUUUGUCAGGAGCUGGACAACUUUGACAUUGGACUGGUGCAGGAACCAUACUGCACAGGUGAUAAGGUCACUUGCUUCCGGCUAAAUUAUUACAUUAUACAGCACAAUUCUAGGCAGCCCUGGGCUGCAGCAGUCAUUGUAAACCCUUGCGUUGCCAUUGUUUUCCAUCCAAAGUUCUCCUCCACAGACUGUGUUUGCUUUGAGAUUAGUCUCACUGCUAUCAGGAUAGUUGUCUUCAGCAUCUACUGCUCUGGAAAGGCUAGCAUCACUGAUACUCUCCGUAUGCUUAGUGACACAAUAAAGCACUUUCAUCAGGCCCAAUUUCUGAUUGCUGGCGGCCUCAAUGCACACUCUCCUAUGUGGGGUGGUGAGGCUAAAGAUGACUGCGGUAAAGCAUUGCAGGGCUUUGUGGUAGCUAAUGAUCUGGUCAUUCUGAAUGACCCUAACUCUCCACCAACCUUUUCUUCUGAGAAUGGGAUCUCGUGGAUUGAUGUGAUCAUCUGCUCUGGUGGUCUUCUUCCACUAUUAGUAACUGGAAGGUUUGAGAGUCUGUUACAAGGGUGUAACUUGCAGCUCAAUGAAAACUCAUCACGGGCUCAGGUUGAGGCCUGUGUUAAUGCUGUUAUUGAUCAGAUUUGUGAUGUCUGUAAUGAUACCAUCCCAAGGAAGAGAAAUCAUAGGUGGGCCAUCCCUUGGUGGAAUGUGAAUCUCUCGGCAAUGAGAAGGGAGAAUAAUUGGUUGCACAGAAAGUUCCAACGUUCCCUGUGCAGUAAUCAUAGGAGGAGUGUCAUAUACACGUUAACUGGAGUAUCAGAGGAGCUACAAGCAAAAAAUAAAAAAAGCGAAAUUGGAGUCGUGGCAGAACUUCUGCUCUGGGGCAGGAGGUGA